UCCACUGUCUGUCUGACAUCCUUCUCUUACUGUCCUCUGUGCAGCUGUCUGGCCCAUCUGGCUGUCCGUUGGCUUGUUGGUCUCUGGUUCCAUCUGUCAUCUGUCCAAUUAUCUGUGAGUCUCCCUGUAUAUCUUCUUGCCCAUCCGUCUGUCCAUCUGUCUGCUGACCUGCCUUCACUCUCCCCCAGGGCAUAGGAGCCAUGGCCUGGGGCCGUGGGGCCACAGUCAGCCUGGUCUUGCUAGGGCUGGGCUUGGUGCUGGCUAUCGUCAUGCCGGCUGUGCUACUGUCUCGCCGCCAGGCCCCCUGCAGCCCCCCGGGUUUUUCCCAUGCUGCUGUGGCUGCUGACUCCAAGAUUUGCUCGGACAUUGGACGAGCCAUCCUCCAGAAGCAAGGCUCACCUGUGGAUGCCGCCAUCGCAGCUCUGGUCUGCACUGGGAUUGUCAACCCUCAGAGCAUGGGCCUGGGCGGAGGGGUCAUCUUCACCAUCUACAAUGCGACCACAGGGAAGGUGGACAUCAUCAAUGCCCGGGAGACAGUGCCGGCCAAUUGUACCCUGGACCUGCUGGACCAGUGUGAGCGGGCCCAGCCACUAGGCACAGGGGCCCAGUGGAUUGGGGUGCCUGGGGAGCUCCGUGGCUAUGCUGAGGCCCACCGCCGCCAUGGCCGCCUGCCCUGGGCACAGCUGUUCCAGCCCACCAUCACGCUGCUCCGAGGGGGCCACCACGUGCCCCCUGUCCUUGGUAUGUUCCUGAACAACAGCUUCUUGAGACCCUUACUGCAAGCGUCUGCCUUGAGGCAGCUCUUCUUCAAUGGGACAGAACCCCUGCGGCCUCAGGAUCCACUCCCAUGGCCUGUGCUGGCCACCACCCUGGAGACAGUGGCCACGGAGGGUGCAGAGACCUUCUACACAGGAAAGCUGGGCCAGAUGUUGGUGGAGGACAUUGCCAAGGAAGGGAGCCGGCUGACCCUACAGGACCUGGCCACAUUCCAGCCAGAGGUGGUGGACGCCCUGGAGGUGCCCUUGGGAGACUACACCCUGUACUCACCGCCACCGCCUGCAGGGGGUGCCAUUCUUGGCUUCAUCCUCAAUGUGCUGAGAGGAUUCAACUUUUCGGCAGCAUCAGUAGCCAGCCCUCAAGGGAGCGUAAACAUGUACCACCACCUUGUGGAGACGCUCAAAUUUGCUGAGGGGCAGAGGUGGCGGCUGUGGGAUCCUCGAAGUCACCCAGAGAUCCAGAGCACCUCCCGAGACCUGCUGGGGGAGGCUCUGGCCCAGCAUGUCCGUCAGCAGAUCGAUGGUAGGGGGGACCACCAGCUCAGCCACUACAGCCUGGCCGGGCCCUGGGGCCACAGGAUGGGCACGGCCCACGUGUCUGUGCUAGCAGAGGACGGCAGCGCAGUGGCAGCCACCAGCACCAUCAACACACCCUUUGGAGCGAUGGUAUACUCACCACGAACGGGCAUCCUCCUGAACAAUGAGCUCCUGGACUUAUGCUGGAGACGCCCCUCGGGCUCUGGUGUCACCCCGAGACCUGUUCCAGGUGAGCGGCCCCCAUCGUCUAUGGCUCCCUCCAUCUUGAUCAAUGAAGCCCAGGGGUCAAAGCUGGUGAUUGGUGGGGCAGGCGGGGAGCUCAUUAUCUCUGCCAUGGCCCAGGCCAUCAUGAACAAGCUGUGGCUUGGCUUUGACCUGAGAGCAGCCAUUGCAGCCCCUAUCCUGCAUGUGAACAGCCAAGGCCAUGUGGAGUAUGAGGCCAACUUCAGCCAGGAGGUACAGAGGGGGCUCCAGGAGCGCGGCCAGAGGAAGAACCAGAGGCUCUACUUCCUGAAUGUGGUGCAGGCCGUGUCCCAGGAGGGGGCCUGCGUGUAUGCUGUGUCGGACAUGAGGAAGCGUGGGGAGGCCGCAGGCUACUGAAGAGACUGCUCUGCCCAGAGCAGGGAUCUGGCCACUGGUCAGUCCUGUCCCCAGGCUGGAUGUGGCCAGGGGACCAAGCACUCUGGCAGUAUCUGGAGCCCCGGCUGUGGAGUCCACCUGGGAUUGGAAGAAGUGGGGGCCAGCCUGGCAGAUGGACAGCCAUGGUGGCCGAGCCUUGCACUUGACCCCCUCCCUGAACUCCUUGUGUCCUAUCCCACCUCCCCAUCCUGUCCUGACACAGGCCUCUGCCCCUGUCACUCACUCACCAUCUGUGUAUAUCCUACAGUCCAAGAUUAAAGAGGAGGC